AUCAAAUUCUGUCUGAAAGGGGUUUAGCUUCUAGUCGCAAACUGGAGCUAGCAAUUGUUUGUCGUGUUUGCACUUUCCCAAUUCAGUGCCAUACCAGUAGAUGUUUGCUAUGUUUGCACUUUCCGCGCAAGCUCCCACCACCAUGCAAGGUGCCCCCACCAGCAGACAAGGCUGAAGACGACCCCGCGAUGACCGCGUUGAUCUGAAUUGCGCCCACUAUCCAUGGCCCACGCAUAAAUGACAGGACGAUAUAUAUAACUCUCGAUUACGCCCCACCUCCUCAACCAUGGCUCAGGCCGACACCUUCGAGUUCCCGGCCUUCUAUUCCUUUCCCCCGUUCUUCUCACCCCAGCCGUCGACCACCACCGAGCACGCGCGUCGCAGCAAAUGGAGCAGCCUCAUCCUCGCCUACUGUCGGCAGAAGAAGCUCUGGAAGCUGACGCUGGUGGAUGCCAUAGACACGGAUCUGUUCUGGAAUAAGACGAUCAAUAAACGGGUUAGCCUCGCGGAUGCGAAGGAGAUUAUAAACGCGAUGAGGAAGGAGGGAAGGGCGGAGUGGCUGGGCGGGAAGAAGGAUAGCGAUAGUAAAGAGGUGGCGUGGAUUUAUUGGAGGACGCCAGAGGAAUGGGCGGGGUUGAUAUAUGACUGGGUUGACGAGACGGGACAGAAGAACGUUGUUCUCACAUUAUAUGAACUUACAGAGAGCGAGGCGACGAUGUCGCAGGAGUUCCAUGGCAUGGAUCCAGAUUUAUUGCAGCGGGCGAUGGGUGUUCUUGUAAAGAGAGGGAAGGCGCAGGUAUUUGGGCAAGAAGACGAACAAGGAGUUAAAUUCUUCUAGACUCUGAAAUAAUAACACAAAAUAUUAGUUUAAAAAGGUUAAACUUUGUUCACUCAGAGCAUGUUGCAAAAUGGGGUGAGAAGGCAUGC